CAGGCGGAUAAAGCAGCUGCGACAAUCAACCAGUUUGUGAACAAAACAACGCGAGGCAAGAUCCCAACUGUGGUGACAGAGAGCGACGUGGCACCGACACUGAUGGCGUUGGUCAACGCCGUCUACUUCAAAGGUUUCUGGUUGAAUCAAUUCAACCUAACCCAAACAACCAAGCAGAAGUUCUUCACCACCCCGAGCCAACACAGCCUUGUUGACAUGAUGACCCAACUUGGAAAAUUCAGAUUUGGAGCCUCGAGUGAGCUGGGAGCGAAAGUGUUAGAGAUGCCGUACAAGGGGAAGGCGGCGUCCAUGUUGGUGUUGCUGCCAGACAACACCCCCAGCGGCGCCCCUGGCAAGUCCGCCACGCCCCUGGACGCCAUGCUGCGGCGCCUCUCCCACGACACCCUCCGCCACGCCCUCACCAACCUGGAAGAGGUGGAAGUAGAACUUCACUUCCCAAGGUUCAAACUGGAACAGACAAUCACUGAGGAACUUAAGGCGGCACUAGAAGCUCUGGGGAUCGAAGACCUGUUCUCGAGCCGCAGUGAUCUCACCAACUAUGUCCGGGGCACCAACCUGAGUGUGAACACCGUCAUCCACAAGGCCGUGGUGGAGGUGAACGAGGAAGGCUCCGAGGCUGCUGCUUCCACAGUCAUCGUCUUCAGAGGUGGCCCUGGACCCAGAGUGUUCAGAUGUGACCGACCCUUCGUCUUCUUCAUCAGGGACAACCACACUAACACCAUACUCUUCAUGGGUGUCUACAGGAAGCCCUAACACCAUACUCUUCAUGGGUGUCUACAGGAAGCCCUAACACCAUACUCUUCAUGGGCGUCUACAGGAAGCCCUAACACCAUACUCUUCAUGGGCUCAUGGGCGUCUACAGGAAGCCCUAACUCCAUACUCUUCAUAGUUGUCUACAGGAAGCCCUAACACUAUACUCUUCAUGGGCGUCUACAGGAAGCCCUAACACCAUACUCUUCAUGGUUGUCUACAGGAAGCCCUUGCACCAUACUCUUCAUGGGCGUCUACAGGAAGCCCUAACACCAUACUCUUCAUGGGCGUCUACAGGAAGCCCUAACACCAUACUCUUCAUGGGCGUCUACAGGAAGCCCUUGCACCAUACUCUUUCUGGGGGUGUCUACAGGAAGCCCUAACUCGAUACUCUUCCUGGUUGUCUACAGGAAGCCCUAACUCCAGAGACCUUAACUUUGAUGUCAAUGAAUUAUGAACAACUCGCAAACUUAAGUUUCAGACGAGUAUAUGUUGCUUGAAGAAGUGAAGGAUGACGUCUCUUCACAGCAACCGUCAUAGACAACACAUAUAUACACACACACACAUGUAUAUACCUGCCUCACACAUAUUACUCACAUUCACACUCUCGUAGGUGUAUACUUCCUCUUUCUCUCAUAAUACAUAUAUGCACAUGUAUACAUCCUCUCUCUACUACAACACUUUCAAGUGUCAACACUCACUUAUGUGAACUCUAGUUAGUGUAAACACUAGUUGUGACAAACAUUAGUUAGUGUAAACACUAGCUGUGAUAAAAACUAGCUGUGAUAAUCUCUAGUUAGUGUAAACACUAGUUGGUGCAAACACUUGUUGUGAUAAACUCUAGUUAGUGUAAACACUAGCUGUGAUAAACACUAGUUAGUGUAAACAAUAGCUCGAGUAAACACUCGUAUGUGUAACAGUUAACCGGUGAAGAAGUUCAUCUUAGUAAACGUUCACUUAUUGUUGUCCUCGAGUUUCAUGUUAAAUAA